AUGGGCGCAAUUGCACCUGAAACAAAAUUUCUUUGUACACGAGAGGCGGUGACCGAUGGACGUCUCUCAGAUGUGUUUUGUACAGAUGAUAUUCUGGAGAGGGGGUUGAGGAGAAAUGUUGCAAGGAAGCUUUCGUAUGUUGACGUGGGAGAACAACGGCAAAAAGGAAAACCAGAAAAAAUAAAUAAACGUUUCUGUGAUAGGGAAUUGCUGUUCCCAAUUGAAAAUGAGCGUAUACAAGAAAGAAAAAUCAAGAAGGAGCUUGUGUUUUUAGGAACAAAACAACAUUCUAGGAGAUUGGAAUUCUUGCAAGAUCUAGAAAGUUGGAAGAGAUGCAGAAAACGCGAGCUGGAAAAAGAUCAAGAAAGAGGUUUUGAUGAUGGAAGCUACGCUACCUCUUCUUCUCUUUUAGAAUGGAAAUGUAAGUAA